AUGUUCGUUGAUUCUCUCGUAGAAGGAAAAUUCCCAGUCAAAGCAUUAAUUGAUACAACAUCUAAAUACAAUACUAUUAGCAGGCGCCUGUUCGAUAAGCUUGAAGAAGAUUAUGGAAUUCAUCAUAUCUGUGAUCCUGUUGAGAUUCUCUAUGGAGAUGUAAUAGGUGAAAUGCAAUGCUUAGAUUUGCAAUUUUGUUAUAAAGGAAAGUGGCGAAGCUUAGAUGCCACCGAAGUAAUAGACUUUCAAAUUCGCAAAAAUCCAUCAUUUGAUCUGGUGUUAGGACAAGAAUGGUUAUGGAUGCAUAAAGCAAAAAUAAGCUUUGAAUUUUCUCCCGAAGCCCGUAGCCACCAUGCUAAAAUUGUAAUAGAUGGUAUGAGUAUCCCAUUAAUCGAAGAAGGUAGCAGCUAA